AUGGCAAACGUCGUUGGUGGGGAUACCAAGCGGCUUGAGCCACUGGAAGAGGUGGCACGGUCCAAGUCAAAUGACGAACCUGAUUCGGACGAGGAAGAACUGGAAGAAGCAUCUGUGGGAAAACUGCUGCUGACCAAUUUGAGCGAAAAUUUGGCGGAUGCUGCAAGUCAAGCCUCAUCAACACUCUCCGGGUUCAUUGAUAAACAGAAAAAUAUGGUCAAAAAGUCUCGGGGUUUCGCUCGUAAAGUUGUCGCCGAACUGAAACAGGAUACUCGAUCGUCAACUUCUGAAUCUGCAAUGUCUCCUGCAGCAAAUGAACACCAAUCACCCAAGAAACGCUCCGGCUUUUUUGCUGCCCCCAAAACACUCUUUGGUUUCAGUCAGACCACAACAAGAAAAGUAUCCGACACUGUUGAAGGUUCGAUUUCAUCAUUAUCGCACACAGAUAUGGAUCAAAGUAUCAAAGAUCAGGAAUUUCUACGCUCGAUCGUACAAUUGGUCAAAGAAGGUCGAGAAGCGAGUUACAGCAUCGGAUCACGCCUGCGUGAUUUACUCACCGACGAGAACUAUCGUAGCUACCUGAUUUCGAAGAUACACGUAGGACGUUCGGAACUAGUCGGUGAUCCGGAAUGCACUCUAACUGAUUAUGUAAAUAAUGCCCACGAAACUCAAGGUGACACGAAACCGGACGAAGAGAAUAUUAUUGGCAGUUUGAGUAAGUCAAUAAAAUGUUUGAAACGAGAUUAUACUUUUGUUACAGCACGCUGA